AUGGAAGGGGAUAUUGACAUGAGUAGGCGCGCAACAUUGGAAAGAUAUGAGACGAAAAGCAAAGGAGAAGGAACCAGCUUGAAAUCCCUAGUUAAUGUCAAAAAGCCCAAUGCAAGAGAUGAAGGAGUGGAUAAGAGGCUAGAAAGGCUGAAAGAAGAACUGUUGGCUGAGUUGAAGAGCCAAGCGGGAGCAUAUACGUGCCUGAGAAUGUCCUCCCUUUUUGACCUUCAAAUUGGGAAGAGGAUUGGCUAUAGUAGACUGCAUGAUGGAUUAUAUAUAUUGGAAGGGAAUCUGGAUUUGAAUUUACCUCAGACUCUUUUUGGAAGAAAUCAGGAUGUCAACCAGGUGGCAUCGACGGUUGUCAGAUCAAAGAAGGAAAUCUUUAUUUCUCAGAGAAAAUACAUUCUGGAUCUUUUGGAAGAAACUGGUAUGUUAGGCUGCAAGCCAACAGAAACUCCCAUUGAAAGCAAUCACAAGCUACAAGCAGGGAUUGGUGAAUCGGUGGAUAUUAGAAGAUCUCAAAGGCUAGUAAGCAAACUGAUUUAUCUUUCGCACACUCGACCAGACAUAGCAUAUACAGUCAGUUUAGUCAAUCAGUUUAUGCAUGAUCCUCGUGAGUUUCACAUGCAAGUUGUUUUUCGCAUUUUGCAAUACUUGAAGUCUGCUCCUAGAAAAGGUCUUCUAUUCUCUAAACAUGGUCAUCUCUGCAUACACGCAUUCGCAAAUGCAGAUUGGGCUGGAUCCCUUGAUGAUAAAAGGCCGACUAGUGGUUACUGCACACUUGUAGAAGGAAACCUUAUCACUUAA